AUGGAUCCCAACGCUUUCUCGGCGACUCUAUUCAAAUGGGACCCAACAAGAGGGACUGCUCCACCGCCUCACCGGUUGCUGGAAAUGAUGGUGGCUCCCCAAUCGUACGGUACUUGUACAAGGACGCAGAGGGAUGUGGGAGGACUGGACGUGUUCUUCCAGGCGUACGGGGUCCGCUACUACACUGCGGCCAAGAUAUCUGAGCUAGGGUUCACGGUGAGUACACUCCUCGACAUGAAAGACGAAGAGCUGGAGGAUAUGAUGACUAGCCUCUCCCAAAUCUUCCGGUGGGACCUCCUCGUCGGGGAGAUUUACGGCAUCAAGUCCGCUAUCAGAGCCGAGCGUCGACGCCUCCUCCUCCUCCUCGAAGAUGAAGAGUCCCGGCGCCGCCACUACCAUCAUCAUCACCUCCUCCCACUUGACGCUACCAACGCUCUCGAUACCCUCUCCCAGGAAGGAUUGUCGAAGGAGCCAAUGCAACAAGAGAAGGAGCAGCGGCAGCGGCGAAAGAAGAGGGCGGCGUCGACCAAGAGUGCUACUACUACGAUAGGGGACAAAGAAGAAGAAGUGGAAGAGGAGGGGAACGAUGAGGAAGAGAAAGGAAGAGUAGUAGUGGAGAGACAGCGAGAGCACCCGUUCAUGGUGACAUUGCCUGGUGAGGUAGCUCGGGGCAAGAAGAACGGCAUCGAUUAUCUCUUCCACCUCUACGAGCAGUGCCGUGAUUUCUUGAUCCAUGUUCAGAAUAUCGCCAUGGAUCGUGGUGAAAAAUGCCCCACCAAGGUGACGAACCAGGUGUUCAGGUAUGCGAAGAAGGCAGGAGCAAGCUACAUAAACAAACCUAAAAUGAGGCACUACGUCCACUGCUACGCGUUGCACUGCCUGGACGAAGAGGCAUCGAAUGCCCUGAGGCGAGCAUUCAAAGAGAAAGGAGAAAACGUAGGAGCUUGGAGGCAGGCUUGCUACCAGCCCCUCGUCGUCAUGGCAUCCCACCAAGGUUGGGACAUCGACUCCAUCUUCAACUCCCACCCUCGCCUCUCCAUCUGGUAUGUCCCCACCAAGCUCCGUCAGCUCUGUCAUGCCAACCGCAGUGGGGUCAAUGCCAAUACUGCUACCUCUGCUUCUGCUGGGGCUAGCAUCACCUCUACUGCUCAGCCUUCCUUUUAACCAUUAACCAAUUAUGUUCUUUGGCUUUGCGAGUUUGAGUGGGACUAUAGGAGUUGUUCUGGACAGAACCUAGACUCAUAAAUGUUGUUGAUAUCUCAAUUAAUUGGUAAACUUGGUUUCUUCUGAUUAUUUUCUUCUUGGGCCAACAAAAUUCUUCCAA